AUGGCUUCUCAAAAAGAUGACGACCUCCAUCGUCAGCGGAUGGAAGCCGCCAAAGCGCUCCUGCGGGAGUUCUCUUCGCACAGCAAAAUCAAGAAGAAGGGACGAACUGAUCCAGUCCCGGCUCCCGCCCGCUAUGGAAAUAUUUCUACGGGAAACUCUACAAAUAUGACUGCCUCUGGCUCUCGCUCUAUUCAGGCGAACGCGUACGUGGAUGCCAUUCUUGCUGCAGAGAAGAGGAGGAGAGACGUGGGCAGGAACAUCCAGCAGUCGGCGAGGCUGCAUAUAGACCCCUCGAAUUGUGGCAGCCGCUCGGAAAAUACUCCUCCCCAACCGACUAUUUGCGAUCCGGCCUCGAGUGUGACCCCAGUUACUAGCGAUCGAGGCGCUUUGGGAUGUUCUUUUGGAGAGAGCAACCCUGCCACUGCAACCAUAAACCAAACUUCUGUUGCUGGUUCCGAGACAGUCAACCAUAUCCAUGAGGAAGAUCUUAUUGACUUGAACUGGUCUACUGAAUCCAAACUACCUACCGCUGUCCGCCAGGUUCAGGCCUCUCAAGCUAAUCCAGAGCCAACGAGCCACUCAUCGUUCUUGGACUCCCCUAUCGAGACUGGUCCUGAACUCCGAAAGCUCUCGGACGACCUCUCUCAGUUGAACAUUUUACAUCCAACCAAGCAGGGUGUUAUUGUAGAACCGUCUCACGAGAUUUGUCAUGUAGGAACUCAGCGUUCCACGCAGGAGAAAUUUGAGCACAACACCCAAAAGGGUGCCGAGAGGAUCUCCCGGGAAGUUGAAAAGAGGACCCGGAGGGUCAUUUCCCAGGAGGCCGUCCAAGGCUUGUUAACUUACCUGAUGCAAGGAGUCGGAAAGCUUCCCUUCCGGGACGAAUGA